AGGAAGAUAAGUGGGACCCAGAGUAACAGAAAUCUUUUGCCAACCUCACAUUCUCCCUCGCAAUCCUACUAAACACCCCAAAUGACAAUGGAAGAAAGUUGAAGAAGAUAACUGAACAGGAAAGCAAGAAUUAGCAGAGCAGAAAAAACUAAGCAAAAGCAAGCCCAACCAUGGUUGCAGCAACAGUAGCAGCAACAUCACCUUCCCAGCUCCUUCUCUACUCUAGCUCUCGUUCCAUCUCUCAGCUCUCUCCACUCCAACUCUGCUUCUUUGACUCCAGAGCUUCCCCUUCAUUUCCAAACCACAACCAUGGAAAGAGAAGGCAAGUGGGUUUUGGAGUGAAGUGCAUGGCAAUAGCAGCAGAGACAGAGACAAAGAAAAAGAGUGGAUAUGAGAUUCAAACGCUCACAAACUGGUUGUUGAAGCAAGAACAAGCAGGUGUGAUUGAUGCAGAGCUUACCAUUGUCAUAUCCAGCAUUUCCAUGGCUUGCAAGCAGAUUGCUUCUCUGGUUCAGAGAGCUAGCAUCUCCAACCUUACAGGAAUUCAAGGUGCUGUCAACGUCCAAGGAGAGGACCAAAAGAAACUAGAUGUCGUUUCUAAUGAGGUUUUCUCCAAUUGCCUGAGAUCAAGUGGAAGAACAGGAAUUAUAGCAUCAGAGGAAGAAGAUGUACCAGUGGCAGUAGAAGAGAGUUACUCAGGCAAUUACAUUGUUGUAUUUGAUCCUCUUGAUGGCUCAUCCAACAUUGAUGCAGCAGUGUCCACUGGCUCCAUCUUCGGAAUAUACAGCCCAAACGAUGAGUGCCUUGCCGACAUCGGUGAUGACACCACGCUUGACAAAACAGAACAAAGGUGUAUUGUGAAUGUAUGCCAACCAGGAAGCAACCUACUUGCUGCUGGGUAUUGCAUGUAUUCAAGCUCAAUAAUCUUUGUGCUGACAUUAGGGAAAGGAGUAUUUGCUUUCACUUUGGACCCCAUGUAUGGGGAAUUCGUUUUGACACAGGAAAACGUACAGAUACCAAAAGCAGGGAAGAUUUAUGCGUUUAAUGAAGGGAACUAUCAGCUGUGGGAUGACAAAUUGAAGAAGUACAUUGAUGAUCUUAAGGACCCUGGUCCGAGUGGGAAGCCUUACUCAGCUAGAUAUAUUGGUAGUUUGGUUGGGGACUUUCAUCGAACACUUUUAUAUGGUGGGAUUUAUGGGUACCCAAGAGACAAGAAGAGCAAGAAUGGGAAGCUGAGGCUCUUGUAUGAAUGUGCACCCAUGAGCUUCAUUGUGGAACAAGCUGGUGGCAAAGGAUCUGAUGGGCAUCAGAGAGUUCUUGAUAUCACCCCUGUUGAAAUCCAUCAGCGUGUUCCACUUUACAUUGGAAGUGUGGAGGAGGUGGAGAAAUUGGAGAAGUAUUUAGCUUGAUCUGAAUUGUAAAAUGCAAAGAAACAUGCAAGUUUUGUCUGUGAAAUUAAUGUUCUAUGACAAUUUUCCAAGAAAUACAGUGAAUUAAAGUACAGGAACAAAACAAUGUGAUUCCUUUA